AUGCCACAGGAAGAGUUUAACAUUGCAACGAAUGACUCUGGAGACGGUUCCUAUACUGCACAGCAGUGGAGAAACCAGAUCGACGUUAGUGCCAGAGAUCGUGAAAAUGUGACCAAAAGAUUUACAAGACGUAGAGUCGGCUGUGGCUAUAGUGUGUUAUGCGUCUGUAUGCUAGUGGUCUUGGUAUUUGCUAUCGUGCUGCUGUGCAUCGGCUUUAUAGUGGUGUACGAGAACGAAGGUCAAGUUGUAGCUACGGUUGAUCUAUUUGCCGAUGAAUUGCCUCCAGAACAAGCUAUUUGGUUUGAAUCUAAUCUUGCCGAACUGCGCAACGCAUUUCGGGUGGUCGAGGAGAACAAGAAGCGUGCAAAGAAUGUCAUCCUGUUCGUAGCCUUGGAUAGUGUCGACUCCUCCUAUGGCGAUCCCCGACCCAUCUGGGAAUCAUUUCCCCACCUUGCGUUGCUUCGACCAACGAUGCAGGAGCAACGUGCAGCACGUGCGUCAUUUAAUCCGACCUCCAUGUUUUGUGGCAUUGAAACCCACUCGCGCACUAUUGGGUUGGAUUCGGCCAUUCAGCCUUCGGAAGAAUGCGUCAGUACGCCGAACAGCACGCACCAUGCCGUUUCGAUCUUGCAAUGGGCUCAAACGGUCGGCCGCCGUACGGGGGUGGUAACGAAUGGUGAGAUUGUGCAACCAUUUCCAGCAGCAUUGUAUGCGCAUGUACCUAAUGCAAGCUGGUUGCACGGUGGCCCAGAUCCACUGCUAUGCCCAGAUGUGCGAUCGCAGCUACUUCAUAGCGAAACCGGCAAGCAGCUGAAUGUUAUCGCCGGCACGCUAAACUGUCCCGAUAAGUAUUGCCGGGAAGCGUUUGAGACCGAAUGGAUGAACAACCGUUUGGUGGAUCGAUCAACGUACAAGUUAUUGAAAGAUAUGAGCGACCUGUUAGAUCCCAAGCUGGAUGAUGUUGAGUAUGCGCUUGGAUUAUAUGAUCAGCAAUCGAUGGCAGAGCCAACUGCAUUUUACGAUCUGAUCGUGGGUGCUUUGACUGUACUGGAAAGUCCCGAAGGUUUCCUACUGGUUGCCAUCGCUGACCCCAAAGUACAAGCAACUACAAGCGAAAUCGAUGCUGCUGUGCGAGUUACGCUACGUAAGCUGAGCGGCGCUCUGGAUGAUAGCUUAAUCGUGGUAGUACGUUCCGAUGCCAGGGAUGCGGGAUCCACGUUCGCCACGGUUCAUGCAAUCGGACCGAUGUCCCACCUGUUGCAUCGAGUGCACAAUCAAACGUUCCUGGCUCACUUCGUCUCGUACGCAGCCCGUAUAGGGCGCUUCAGGGAUGCAGACUUAACGAAUCUGAUUCUACAAAUAAUAUGA